AUGCCAUUCUUCACACCACCGUCUUCCAAGCACCCCUCAAAGAAACACGCCCCAGUCUUCGCGGGCCUCGACGACCCCUUCAACUUCCCCACGUCCAAAAUGCAGUACAACUCGCGCACAACCUCGCCGACAUGGACCACCGCCUCGACCGACUCAGGCCACGGCAGCACCGUCCCGCUGGACCCGCACGCCCACACCUCAUCGCGCAACAGGAGAACCCUGCAGAAAGACGGCAGAGGUCGCUGGCGUGUGCGCGGCUACGGGGUCCAGAGUUGGGACAACGGGUGUUCUGGGAGCGAGCCACGCAAGCGAGAUGCUCGUGCGAAUCGGGACAUGGAGAUUGGUAAGGGGGAUGGGCAAGUCUGGACGCCGGAUCCUCGACGCACGUUCACGGGGAUGUUGUGCGAUGACCCGCCGAGGGAGAAGGAGAAAUGGUACACGACGCGCAUCUACGUCCGGGCGCUCGAGCGGCGAGAAAGAAGCGAGGGCGCGACGCAGAUGCAGCGCUGCAUGGCGCCUGUGCUGCGACGUCCUGCAAAGACAGGGACGGGGCUGAUGAAAGGCAGAGUGGGGAGCGCACAGUGGGGGAUCGAGAGUGCAUUUCGCCCCCCUUCGCCGCGAGAAACCACACACAGGGGAAGAGCAAGAGAUGCGUCUGCGCUCCUCCCCUCGCAUCCGCUCGAACGCUCCCGCUCCCCGUCUCCACCGUCUGAGGUAGAGCGCCGGUUUCCGCUCCGCUCGCCGCGUCGUCGCUCGCUCACGCCCCUCGGUAUCCUGACAAGCAGUGAGCGUCGGUCGCCGCCCGCGCCGCUCGGGAUCAGCAUGCGGGAGAGGAAGGGGAGUGUGCUGUAUAGCUGUUUCCCUUCCGACGAGCCCGAGUCCGAUCAUGUCUUCGAAGCUGCGGACGAGCACGCAAGUGAGGCAGGUAACGGGGUGGACUGUGCUGGCUCGGUGUAUGCAUACUCGCUCUAUGCGCGCUCAAUCGAUGCAAAUGCAGGCGCGCGGUCUAGCUCGCUCUCGCUGUGCGCCUCGCUCUGUGACGAGGGAAGUGCGGUGGCUGAGAGGACCGGGGUGGUUCUUGCGCGUACGGCGCUGGUGACGAGGGCGCAUAGGGUUAAGGUCAGGAGUCCCGGGUUGAAGAGGAGCGUGGACGGGGCGUAG